GUGAGCGGGUGCGCGCGCAGCGCCUGGACGGACACGCGGAGUGUGCGCAAAAGCUGUGCCAUGAUACAACUUAGCAGCGCGCCAGCGAAACCGUAGCAUGGACCAGUUAUGUUGUCCAGAAAAGGACUCAUUCCCGAGGAUUAUUUGUUGACUCGGUUGGCGGAGGAUGUGUUACAGCCCAAAUUCAAGACUAAACAGCGGAAAGCGCGAUUCGUCGCCAAGAACGGAACGUGCAAUGUCGCGCACACGAACAUUCGCGAACAAGGACGGUUUCUACAGGACGUGUUCACCACUUUAGUGGAUCUGAAAUGGCUUCAUACUCUGCUGAUCUUCACCAUGUCCUUCCUGUGCAGUUGGCUUUUGUUCGGGAUGAUCUGGUGGCUGAUCGCCUUCGCGCACGGAGACCUGGAUUUGAAAGGCGAGGAUUUUGUGCCGUGCGUAACGGACAUCCACUCGUUCUCCUCAGCCUUUCUGUUCUCCAUAGAGGUGCAGGUGACCAUCGGCUUCGGAGGACGGAUGAUCACGGAGGAGUGCGUUUCGGCCAUCGUCAUACUGAUUGUUCAGAACAUAGUGGGUCUGGUGAUCAACGCCAUCAUGUUAGGAUGCAUCUUCAUGAAAACGGCGCAAGCAAACCGGCGAGCGGAAACGCUGAUCUUCAGCAAACACGCGGUGAUAACUGUCCGAAACAACAAGCUGUGCUUCAUGUUUCGCCUCGGUGACCUGAGGAAGAGCAUGAUCAUCAGUGCCACCGUCCACAUGCAGGUGGUGCGAAAGACCGUCACCAGCGAAGGCGAGAUGGUCCCUUUGGACCAGAUAGACAUCCAGAUGGACAACCCGGUGGGCACCAACAGCAUCUUUCUGGUGUCCCCCCUCAUCAUCAGUCACAUAAUUGACAAAAACAGCCCUCUAUAUGAUCUGUCCGCGGACGAUUUACUGCAUGAGGACAUCGAGGUAAUUGUCGUCCUGGAAGGCGUUGUGGAGACCACCGGCAUCACCACUCAAGCGAGGACCUCUUACCUGUCCGAGGAGAUAUUAUGGGGUCACAGGUUUGUGCCUACGGUGUCUGAAGAGGACGGGAUGUAUGCUGUGGACUACUCAAAGUUUGGAAACACCGUUAAAGUGGCGACGCCGAGCAGCAGCGCGCGGACUCUCGAUGAAGCGGGAGGGAUGGAGAGGUUCAAACUGCAGGAGACCAGCGGCGCGUGCGCAGCAGUGAGGAGAAGAGUCAAACACCCAAACACCAAAGAAAUGUGACUUGCUUCUGUCAUUAGCCUCCUGAGACACGACAAAAGGGUUUUUUUAAUAUAGAUUUUUUUAUUUACUUCAAAUAAUAGUUCUAAAUCUCCCUAGACUUAAUAUAUAUUAAACCUUUUAAUAUCAAUCAGGUAUCGAUUGAUUAUUGUUAUUUAAAUUAAGAAUUGAAAUCAAUUAUAUAAUGUUUGAUACGCAUUUUGUUGAUGGAAUACUAUUAAAUGUACACGUGCUUUUAUAUACAGAGCAUUUUAUUUACACGUAUCUAUUUUCAUGUUUCAAAAGUGAUUUGUGAAAAUUAAAUGUCAAAUAUGAGUGAAAUAAUCUUCCAUCAUCUCUCAGACUAACCGAUAUAUUUAUUUAAAAAAUAAAACAAUAAGCAUUGUGAUGAAUGAAUUAAUAUAUAAAAGAAUAAGAUACUAAAGUUUUACACUUUAAAUGAUUAAACACGUUUUAGUAAAACCGAACGAUUUAAAAUAAUUAGGCCUAUUUUCAUUUGGGUUGCACUAUGAUCUUUUAACAGUUUUUUUUUUAUGUGUUAUUAACUAAUCUUAUUCUAAAAAUGUGCCUGACUAAUACAUACAUAUAUACACACACACAUACAUACAUACAUACUGUUAUUCUAGUCAUUAUUAAUAUUAUUUGCUCAGAAAAUACAUUUAGUAAAAAGGACACCUUUUUACGGUUUAUUGUUUUGAUGACAGAAAAUUCAUUUUCUUCUCUCACUCAUUUAAGAUGCAUAAAAACAUUGAAAUCAACAAAACAGACAUGUCCUCUACAGUGGACAAAAAAUAAGCAAUUCUCAGGAGGUUAAUAGUGAAAUACUACAUUUGUAUGUAUAAACACUAGAGCAUUAACAUAUAGAGAUUGUUGCCUAUAUAUUUUCAUUUAGUAUACUGUUGGAAGACGUUUUUUCUUCAUAUAAAGAUCUCUUAGUGAGAGACAGGCUAUGCACGUUUGAUUAAAGCUCUCAGGGUAUUGAAUAACUGCAUAUGCAAUGAAAAAAGUGCAUGAUGUUUAAUAAAAUGAAUAUUUUAUGCUUGCCUUAUAAUAUAA